CGGCCUACGUCGGUUAGCUAUCUAUGUUCAGGACUGCUAUAAGGUGAGCUCCAGGACAUUGCUCAGUAUUGUUCAGAUCGUCGCGCCUGCCACUAGCAAACCUACGCAUACGCCCAACGUACACCUCUGCCUCAGGCCGGUCCAAGAUGGUCCUCAGCCUCGCCGGUGGAAUGACGGUCUUCGGUGACUUAGGGGCUGCCCCACCUACAGGGCGUCCGAAGGCGGACCACAAACUCAACAACACACCGCCCUACUAUUUCUAUGACCUCCCCAGAGCGGGUAUGCGCCUCAUCUUCUGUGACAAGCCGCGUAUCGCAGGCGGAUACGCAAACGUAGUUCAGCUCGUCGAGCGGUUGUGUGCCAGCCAAUUGACCAAGAAGAAGGCGAAGAAAGUCAAUGUCGCCGCCAUCAUGAUCUCUGAGAUCGCUCACGUAUCCGACCAACCGCUAGAGCCCGACCACAUGCUCGUAAAGCUCAUCCUCGCGAGCGACUCGAGCAUCCCUCAAGCCAUCCCCGCGCAUGUAUACGUCAUCGACCAUGUACCCAGGGCAAAAUACGACACAGCCGACGUGUCCUGGAAAGACCCAGAAGAUCUGCUCGAGCACGAAGCAUGGGCCUUGCGCGAGUCCCAGCGGUUGCUCGUUGACAGCAUCGGCGCGUUCAUUCCGGCUAGUCCGUGAUUGCGGCAAAACAUAGACGUUCUGCCCAUCCGUAUUUCCAUCGACUCCCAGCAAUUCCUCGUACCAUAAGACGCACUGUAUAUGUACCUACCUGAGCUCGUCAUGAAUCUCCUGCCGUCUAAUACAUAAUGUGCACUGCCCGUCAGGUCCUUUCCGAUCUAC